AUGGACAAAACCAGAUGGAUAAAGAGCCGCGGGGCUAAUGGCGGUUCCGUGAGGGGAGAGCGGCCGCCCCGGGGGCAGCGACAUGUCCGAGCCCGGCCCGGCGACGAGCAGCCCCUGCGGGAGGACGGCGGGUCCCGCGGCGAGGAUCUGCCGGUCUCCGGCUCGCCACCCGCCAGCCCUCCAGGAGUUCUCUCCGUGAACGAGCUACAGGAAAUAACUGAUGACAUUUCCAAACUGACUGCUGUGCAUCAAACUGUGCUCAACAGUGACCUCAAACUGCAGGCAGCCAGCUUCUCCCCAGACAGCCUGGAAAACUGAGUGAAGGAGACCUUGCUCAAAGCUGCCUGGGACAGCCUGGAGGAACAGCUCACUGCCGGUCCCCUGGACUAUGCUUGGGCAAUCCAGCUGCUGCAGGACAUAAGAGGCCUGCUAUCACUGCUGCUGCCAUGGCACAACCAACUGCAAAGCCAGAUCGAAGAGGCCUUGGACAUGGAGCUGAUUAGACAGGAGGCUGAGCAAGGGGCUCUGGAUUUCCACAGUCUCACCACGUGCAUCUUUGGCACAACGGCAAGGGAGACUUUCUGAGUGUUGGGCCUGAUGAAAAUGGAUAUGUUGAAUUUUACCAUCCAGCGCCUCUGCACCCACUUGCAAGACCACACCGUCCAGUAUGAACGGAAGAAAUUCCAGGAACUCUUGGAUAAGCUGCCUAGCAUCCGUUUGCAGCCCGGAUUGCACGAGAGAGUGGCUGGGCAAACCAGCAGCAGAAGUGUCCACGUCCUCUGUGCAGCAGUCAGCGCCUCGCCGGCCCCGUCUGCGCCAGGGGCAGCCAGCAGUAGCACAACUGUGCUGAGUCUCAGGUCUGCUGAAUUGAGGAUACAGGAAUCUGCUCUGCUGGGAGCCUGGGCAAAAGGAGUACCCUGAGAGCAGCAGAUUCAUUCCUUCCUUGGCCUUCAUUUCUCCUGAUGGACACAAUUCUUAAACUGGUUUCCCAAAGGACCUCGACCCCAUUCAGGAAGAGCUGCUGGAAGUUGGGUGCAGGUUUGGAAGCAUGAUCCACCACAACAGGCAGGUGUUUGGAGUGUACUGCUCAGGAAUUGUCAAGGUGUUUCUCCCAGACACAGGGAUGGAUUCUUUCUGAUCAUCACCACAGACUGGGCAGGGGUAGAGCACAUUCUCCAACAGUUAAUUCAAAUCACGCCUCAGCUCGUGAAAAUCAGACAAAUCCACUGGCGCCAGCAUUGCUACUGGGAAGUGACUCUUUGUCUGUCAGUAUCUGAAUAAACCUCUCAACUACAAAAGGCAGUGGCUUUUUUUUCCCCAAAAAACUGCCACUAUUUGGUGGGGAAGGCAAGGGGAUAUGGAGCUCAUAAAACUGCAGUGCAGCUUAAGCUUUUUUUAAUUCAAGGUGUUAAUUCUGCCAUGGGGCUGUAACCUACUUUGCUGAAAUGUUAGCCACAGCCCAGGGACGCUGUUUACAUUCGAUAAAGCCACAUGGUAUUUAAAAUCAUUAAAACUGCUCAAUAUAUUUCAGUGUUAGCUUGAAAACCUGACUUACUGAAUUAUUAGAAAUGGAACAUAUGGUAUAAAUUUAGAAAUCCCUGGUGUAUUUAGUAUUUUACAUCAGUCAGAUUUUACUUGACAUGAAAAUCUGAACUUUAACCUGUAUUUAAGUGUCUGGAUUUCUUGCUCUAAUUUUACAUAAUGAAAAUGUCCUACUUCUUGGCAAGCCAAAAAUCUUUGCUGGGUAAAUACUAUAUACAAUGGCUGCCCAAACUGCUACAGUUGUUACACGAAUCAGUUGCUGCUGUGCUGCAGAAAAGCAAUUUUUAGUGUUUUAUUGCAAGAAAAUUUGGGUCCUGGCAGUGGAACAGCUCUUGCAGAUUCAUUUCUCCUGAUGGACAGAAUUCUUAAACUGGUUUCCCAAAGGACCUCGACCCCAUUCAGGAAGAGCUGCUAGAAGUUGGGUGCAGGUUUGGCAGCAUGAUCUACCACAACAGGCAGGUGUUGGGAGUGUACUGCUCAGGAAUUGUCAAGGUGUUUCUCCCAGACACAGGGAUGGAUUCCUGUGGGGGUAAAAAUGAGUUUUUCUCACCACCAUGUGGAAAACACAUAAAACGUUUGGAGACCGUUGUGCCAUAGGUAGGCCUGUCUUAAACGGGACCCAUGGAGGUGUUUUUACACAUAAAUUAGUUUGUCUAAGAAGAAUUUAGUGUUCAGUAUUUGGGAUCAUUAUGACUAACUGCAAAAAGAGCAGCUGCAACCACAGCGACUCCUCGGCAGCCGGCGCUCUCCCUCCUGCACGCCACACGCCCGCGUUCCGCUGCCGAAGGACGACAGUGGGACUGCUCCCGGCUUAUCGGCGUCCCCUGCUCUGCUCCCACGGCCGCAGCGCGUCACCUCUGCCCAGCGCUCUGCCGUCUCCUUGUUCCUUGGCUUUAGAAGGCAGAGAAGUGUGGGCACGGUGCCAGACUGAGCUAACUAAACACCCCGAAGCCGCUCGCCCUCACCCCUUCUCUCUUCCCUUCGCAGGUCGGGUCUGUUGGGUGAGGACGAGGACAGUGUUGCUUUAACACAGAUCACCAGGAGACUCCGGUGUAACACUGAGGUCACAGCGACAACGGGGCAAAUGCGUGUCUAAGGUUGUUUAUUAAUUCAGUCUGUUCUAAGUUGUACAAUUAUGAAAACAACAAAACGACUGCUGGAAGCCCAGGAAUAUUUACAAUCUCGCCUUGUUGUAGUGAGGUCAGUCUAUGUUGUUGCACAGAUUGAUUAUGUUUGGUACCACAAGAUGUUUAAAAUUCAGACAAAUUUGAACAGAUUAACAAUUGUAUAUACAGGAAAUAAAAGGAAAUUCAAGUAUCAAAAUACAGACAGAUUAAAUAACAUUUGUAUUACAAAUCAGUCCCACUGCCAUACAUCACAAUUAGCAAAAAUGUCUACAUUGCAAACUGAACUUGACUGUUCUCUGCCCUGUUAGGGAAUCUCAGGUUAUUCUUCCAUGGGUAAGAAAAAUGUUUGAGCUAGAUCGACUUUGCAAGAGCAGCACAGUUACUUUCUUUUUUGGGGAAAAAAAAAAAAAAAAAAAAAGAAGCAGUAAGUAAUGCCAAUGAGACCCAAAAGGAGACAUUUUGCAACAAGACAGCAUUGCAACCACCGUGCUUGCUCUAAAAUAAAGAUCUGAUUGCAUGGAAAUGAUGCGAGCAGAAGAAAGCCGGGGGAGAGUCUGCUGCUAAAAACUUCUGAAGUGGGGCAGAUGGAGCAUAAAGCAACUGCCUCCACUUCACUUCAGCUGCACUCAGAACUGGACGUGUUCGGAGGGACUAUUUGGCAUCUGGUCUGUGUCUCAGCAGCCUCGAGAAGGAACAGACUUUCACUGGAGGUACAUCCUGGAAGGUGCCGUAUCUUCUCCCUGGGAGAGGGACAGGCACGUACCCCACAAAAGUUGCAGAAUUUCUUUUAAAAAGAACAAUGCCAAAGCAAGUUCAAAGACAGCUAAACAGCUAAGAUUAGCUUUUUGUAAAUACAAAAAAAGGAUAAAGCAGCUUCAAUUUGAAAAAAAAAGUAAAUCGUCCCCUCUUAUAUAAAAGACAACAACUCUGCAUCUUAGUUUACUGAUCUUGAGUUCUCAGCCUGGACUCGUGCCAUACACAAACCAACGUCUGUGAAGUACGAUGGGGCCUUACAAAGGGGAACAAGGCCCAGGGCAGCACCACCUCUUCCCAGGUAGGUAAUACAGCAGAUGUGUUUUGAUUUGAAGUCCUAUUCAGCACCAGAAAUUUAGGGCACUUUCCUCCAGAUACCACAAAACUGGAGGGAGGAAGAGCCAGAAUACUGUGCAAUGUAAGGGUUAACAGAUUACUGGGAGUCAGUGACUGGCAUGGUCCAGGAUCAGCCUCCAGCACACAAGUACCUUGAGAAAACCCAUCGAAAUAAAAGGGGAGAUGCACUGCCAAAACAACUGCUUUGUCUAUGAAGUGAGAAAGAGAGUAUCUGGCUAAAGAACUGUUGGAUCACUAAAGACAACCACAGGAUUCCAUGCAGGACUGGGAAGGACCUCCAGGGUCACCAAGCCCAGUCCCCUGAAGAUUGGAGUCUUCAUCACCACGUCACCUCCAAGCCAACCUUCAAAAAGCUCAUGCAUCAAAAAAAGAAAGGUGUCCCUCCUCCCAAGCAGAGGUUCAAUUUGCAAUCUCUCCAGAAAGACUUGUUGCCAACACACCAAAUAUUUACACUUACACCAGUAUGAAUUGCAACAUAUGCAUAACAAGGAAUGUUAGGUUUCCUAAAUUCAUCAACUUAAAAAAAAACACCUUCACUUCCCCCUCCUACUCAUCUACAGGUCUAUGCCCUUGGGAUUACGGUUUUCUCUCCCAGCCUUACUGGCUAGAGAGACUCAAUGAAAUCCUGACAUACAGCAGCAACUGGAGUUAAAACAGAAAUUAUUUGGGCAUAUCACUCUAGUAAAGCAGCAGGGUACCCCAUCCCCAACCGUUACAAUGCCUGUCGAGGUUAUAAGGAAUGGGCUGUGUUACAUUUUUGCAUCUGAAGAUUUAAAAUCACAACUAUUUUAACAUCCCUCCCUUGAGAGGAACAGUACUGUGAAAACACAUCAGUCACAGCCAAAACUACUGUUAAAUACUCUGGUCAUUUAAAAAAAAAGUAAGCACACAGCACCUUCGAGAUGGUAGUAUCUGGGGAUACCGGACUUAGACGGGGGCCAAGCCAUCCUCCGGUUGAUAGGAUUUAUCCUUGGGUAUGGACUGUUUCAGUGGAAUGCCCAAAACGUAACUCCUCAUUUGUUCAUCUUCUGAAACUGUUGCACUAAUUAAAUAAUGAACUAGUAUCAAAAAAGUGCUAAAUCACAAUUGAAUAUACUUUU